AUGGUGGACUACAGUACCCUAGAAACCAUUGAUCUCUUUGAGUAUCUGUGUAUCCGAAUCAAGCAGAUUGGGAUCCGAUCCGUUCACGGAGUACCGGGCGACUUCAACUUGGUAGCUUUGGAUUACGUGGAGAAGUGUGGCCUACGAUGGGUUGGGAACUGCAAUGAACUCAAUGCUGGCUACGCAGCGGACGGAUAUGCGCGUAUCAAUGGGAUUUCUGCGUUGAUGACGGUCAUGGGAGUUGGAGAGCUGUCCGCAUUAAAUGCUAUAGCUGGAUCCUUUGCUGAAUAUGUCCCUGUGAUUCAUAUUGUUGGCAAGCCCAGCCAGCAUGCCCAACGAGAGCAGCUCUGUCUGCAUCAUACUCUGGGUGAUGGUGAUUUCACGUCUUUUGAGGAAAUGAGCCGCAGGGUCUCUUGUAUGACAGCUAGUAUCGACUGCCCACAGACAGCGCCUGCCUUGAUUGAUGAAGCCAUCCGAGCAUGUUGGGUCCAAAGCCGUCCUGUUUUCAUCUUUAUUGCCUCUGACAUGGUCCGUGUUCCGAUAGCACGCCAUCUAUUAAGCAGCUGUCCACCGCUGGGUCGGACGAUGCCUCAUGACGACAUUCUUCAACAUGGACGGUUGGUGGACACUGUGAUAAAUGAGAUUCAGCAGGCGACCAAUCCGGUGAUAUUGGUCGGGGGAUAUGGAACUUUACAUGGCGCCAAAAGAGAGCUUGAUGGGUUUCUGAGCUCGGUUGAGCUUCCUAUUUUGGCGGCAGCCUCCGGGCUAGGGAUUGUGGACGCAAAUCUUCCAAACUACACCGGGCUAUAUGUGGGCUCGUGUUCAAGCCCGAAUGUACUUGAGCUGAUGCACUCUGUCGACCUGGUCAUUGGCAUAGGAAACAUUCAGUCGGAUCUUAGUACCUCGGGAUUCAGCGGAAAUGUGGACCAUACCAGGCUGAUUGAGAUCGAAAGGACGAAAGCCAAGGUCAAGGGCCACAGUUUCACGAACGUGCACAUCAACAAUCUCCUGAUCGCAUUGACAGCGAAGCUCGGUAUUAAGCCCGUGGCUGGCUCUGCCUGUGUCGAUUAUACUCAUCAGCACAAACCCCUUAUUACCAUUCUCCCCAAGACUGAUAUAAACGUCCCCACUCCGAGGAGAAGCACUGAAAAAAGCGCUCAAAAUCAAUUCCUAGAUUAUUUUCGAGAUUCAGCAAGAUUCUUUCGGGCCUUAUGGCUCAUACGUCCACAGAUGCCCCGACAUGUGUCUGAGGCGCACAACCCUAUUACACACGAUUGGUUCUGGGGUCGCCUAGGGGAAUGGCUUCGAGAAGGGGACAUCAUUCUAACAGAAACAGGCACCGCAAGCUUUGGAAUAUGGAACACAACCCUUCCCCUUGAUGCUAUCUUCCUCGCGCAGUACUUGUGGUCGAGCAUCGGAUACACAAUUGGGGCUUGCCAAGGAGCAGCCCUGGCAGCGCGGGAUUCCUCUAACCCACAAAGACGUACCAUUCUUUUCAUUGGCGAUGGAAGCCUCCAGUGUGGAUGCCAGGAACUAAGUACCAUUGUUCGCCACAGCCUUACACCUAUCAUUUUUGUCAUAUGCAACAGUGGAUACACCGUCGAGCGCUUGAUACAUGGCGAACGGCAGGUUUACAACGACAUCCAACCAUGGGUUCACCGGCUUCUUCCUGCGGCGUUUGGUGCAGCGCCGGGGGCUUAUCAGACUCACCGUGUCGAGACAAGAGAGCAUCUCCAGGCACUAUGGAGCUGCGAGAGCUUCAGCGACUGUUCAGUUCUCCAGCUUAUCGAGCUGUGUGUUGCACAGAAUAAUGCACCAUCCAAUUUGGUUGCAUUAGCUCGGUCACUGAAACAGCGGAAUGCGUAA